AUGGCUGCGGUAAACGAGCAUCAACUACACCGACCCGCAUCUCCAGAUGCCUGUCCCUCCCUGGCCAUCGGAGCUUGCCCUCAGCUGUCCCGCUGCGUCUCAACCGCCUCCUCCAUGUCACAAGGCUCGGGCAUCGACACGAGCUCUCGAGACUCCCUCGGAAGCCAGUCUUGCCGCCAAUCUUCCGGGUCCUAUCGAUCAUCCCGACAGUCGGACAUCUCAGACGCUUCCCGCCACUCGAGCCGGAGUGUAGACAGCAAGGGUCGACGUAGAGGAUAUGUACGACCCCAGGCAACGGAUUUCGCCGCUAGCGCCAGGUCAAGAGAGAGCGUCAUGAGCUUGGGAAGCAUCGCUCAUUUGCAGUAUUACUUUGCCAGGACUGGCCUUUUGGACGGCAAAGGCGGUCAGCUAGCGCGCAAGCGGCCGAUCCAGCGGGCUACUCUGGAUAUGUCGCUUUUAGAGGGCACCAGCGGCUCUCCCGCCGACGUUGACGGCUCGGAUAAGGAUUCGUCUUUUGUCGUUUCCAUGGACGGCAGCGGGGACUCGGGUGGCCUUGUGCUGGAAACGAAUCCCAUGGUUGCGUCACCGACGCAAAUCAUGGAAGAUGAAGACUAUUUCGAGGACAGCUUCGCCGAAUCCGAUCCGGGAAUGCUUCCUCCUACCGUGAGCACAUAUCAUCAGAAAGAGAAACCCAUUCCCAAGCCUCCCAAGAUGGAAGAGUUGAAGGCCGACUUGGAGGCCGCGCUACAUGACAUGAUGAAGGCGUUGGAUGAAGUCGCUGCCCGCAAGACUGGCUCGUUCCAAGAGUCCGUCGACACCCCGCAGCUGCCAAACAUGCCCGAGGAGAACACUCAGGGUUGGUACGAGCUGCAUGGCAUGCACAUGCUCGACGUGGUGACCCUCGCCAUACGAGCAGCCAAGGUGUACUACACAGCCCACGAGCUGCCGGAUCGCUUGGACUCGAUCAAGUCUGAGAAGCAGAUCCGAGCCGAUCUCCUGGCCGUGAUGGAAGUUUUGAAGCAAAUGGCCACGAGAAACUUCAUGGGCGGCAUGAAGGACGAAGAAGUCGCAACCAUGGUCUCCUGGGUCGAGAGCGUCUUUGCCGUACUCGCGAGGGAACACGAGAUUGAGAUGGCCGAGCGGGCCGAGCGCGAGAGCUGGGCCUGGCUUGCGGGGGACUGGUCUGGCCGGGAGUAUGAGCGGGAAAUGGCCUUUCUCGCCUCAAUGGAUCCAGACGCGGCGGAACCCCUGCCCGUCUGGACACCUCUCUCCGAGGCGCCCGAGUGCCCGACGCCGUUUCUUCGGAGCCUCCAAAACGGCCUGCGCCUCGUGCAGCUGCACAACGCGGCCGUCAAGAAAUCCAGGAGACGUUUCGGGGCCAUCCCGACCUUUCACACCGACACGCUGAAGCCCUACCGGUGUGCCGACAACCUCCGCUACUGGGUCAAGGCCGCCGAGCUCCGGUUCGAGGUGAUGCUCAAGGUCGACGUCCUCGGCGUUGUGUACGACCACGGCCCUGGUGCAUGGCAAGAGUUUGAAGAUGCCAUUCUCAAGUGGUGCAAGCACGUCCGAGAGGAGAUUGCCAGCGAACUGGCGACGCCUUGA